AUGCACAGUGAUAUACGUUCAAUCACUAGAAAGUUUCUCUCCAUUCUAUUGCUUUUUACGGUUUUUCAUGUUUCGUUCGCUGGUAAUAUCACCCCGGAUGCAUGUGUUCUUCCAAAAAACGUUCGGCCGGGUGCUACUAUCCGAUUCUACGAAUAUCCAGAAGGUGAUAUUGUAGACUACAAUAGUGCAGAUUUUGCCAACGGUGGUUAUCUGCAUUGUACUUUUGGUUGUCCUUAUGUCGGUGAAAUAACAGGUGUCGAAGAUCUUAACUGGGAUUCCGGUUGGCCUGCAACUGUGCCCCCAUACGGUUAUACGGGAGUUCCUGCCUCAAACUUUCUGAUGGUGGCCACUGGUUACUUCGUUGCCCCAAUGAGUGGUGUGUACUACAUGGCGCUAGAGGUGGCUGAUUAUGCCGCUUUUUUCCUUGGUGCUGGUUCGGCCUUUGAUUGCUGUAACCAAACAGGCUCCUUCACCUCUGGCGAUCCUAUGUUCGUGCUUACUGUGGCUAAUGGUGGUGUGUUAGGCGGGGCUAAUCACAAGGUGUAUCUGGAGCGCGGGCAUGCCUAUCCAUUUAAGGCCAUCUAUGUUAACGCGCAAGGCAGAGGUGCCAUUAGAAUGGCUAUCCAUCUACCUGGUGGUAUGGUUGUCACUAGUUUAGCUGGCGCUGUGUUCUCGCAGGUAGAUGAUGAUGCUGAUGAGGGGGAGCUUUGUUCCCCAGUUUCCAUUAGUCAUCCUUUCACAACCAUUUUGAAUACUGCGUAUACCCUGUCUGUUCAAUCUUAUCUUCGAGACUUGCCCACAGAAAGCGCUGUUACCACCAUCACUACGACAGAUUGGUUGAAUAACGACGACGCACAGGUAAGCAUUAUUACAGUUGUUAAUCAGCCAAUGCAAACAACAUAUCAUACAUAUAUGGGGAUUUCCAUGGGGUACCUACACGAACGUGGACAGCAUGUCGUGUCUCAGAGCAACGGUAUUACAUCUGUAGCCAUAGGUAUGAACGUAUUUAGGCCGUGGCCAGAGACUUUCUACACCACUACUACUGGAGAUGUCACGGCUCCAACUACAACCACUUCUUAUAGUACAGUCUACGACUACGACAAUGAGUAUACUAUUACUUGGCAGACUAAUAUGGCUAUAGUAAAAGUGAUUGAGCCACCACCAUCCACCACCUACACUACUACUACAAGUGAAGUUGUUUUCCUAACAACUACUACUUACACCACUACUACCACUGACAGCAAUGGCUCUUCCUCUCCAGAGGUUGUUGUUGUCGUGAUCACCCCAUCUCCAGCCACUGCCUACACUACUAGUACAGGUCCAGUUUCUGCUCCAACCACAACCACCUACACCACCACAGUUGUUGGCGAGUUCGGUGGAUCUUCUCCAGAGGUUGUUGUGGUAGUGAUCACACCUUCUCCAUCCACCUCCUACACUACCACUACUGCAGAUGUCACAGUUCCAACCACAACCACGUAUACUACAGUAAUUGACCACGAUGGUUCGUCUUCUCCGGAGGUUGUUGUUGAAGUGAUCACCCCAUCGCCAUCUACCACCUACACUACUACUACUGCAAAUGUCACAGUUCCAAGUACAACCACCUACACCACUACUAUCACUGACAGCAACGGCUCUUCAACUCCAGAGGUUGUUGUGGAAGUGAUCACCCCAUCGCUAUCUACCUCCUACACUACUACUACUGCGGAUAUUUCUACCCCAACUACAACUACUUACACCACUACUAUCACAGACAGUAACGGCUCUUCAUCUCCAGAAGUUGUUGUUGUUGUGAUUACUCCAUCUCCAUCUACCACCUACACUACUACUACUACUGAUAUUUCUGCUCCAACCACAACCACCUACACAACCACUGUCACUGAUAGCAAUGGCUCUUCAUCUCCAGAGGUUGUUGUUGUUGUGAUCACUCCAUCUCCAUCUACCACCUACACUACUACUACUGCUGAUAUUACAGCUCUAACCACAACCACCUACACCACCACACUUGUUGACGGCGACGGUUCAUCUUCUCCAGAGGUUGUUGUGGUAGUGAUCACCCCAUCCCCAUCCACAACCUACACUACUACUGCUGCAAGCAUUUCUGCCCCAACCACAACCACCUAUACCACUACAGUGGUUGACAGCAACGGUUCCUCCUCUCCAGAAGUUGUUGUUGUAGUAGUCACCCCAAUACCAAGUGCGAUCACGUCCUAUGUUGCAGGCAUGAUUGAUUCAACCGUUGCUCUAUUCACUCUCACUUCCUACACCACCAACUCCAAGGGUAGCAGCACUCCAAUUGACAUAGUGAUUGUUGAAACUCCAAUGCCAACUGCUAUGAUCUCACAUGCUCCAACGAUGAUUGGAUCUGCCUCUGAUGACUCCACCACCAACCCCAGGGGCAGCAGCACUCCAAUGGACGAUGUAAGCGUUAAGACCCCAAUGGCAAGUGUAAUUACAUCAUUCGUUGCAGGUAUGAUUGAUUCGACUGAUGUUCUCUUCACCCUCACAUCUUACACUACGAACUCCAAGGGUAGCAGCACCCACAUUGACAUUGUGAUUGUAGAAACACCAAUGCCAACCGCUCUGAUCUCGCAUGCUCCAAGCAUGAUCACCUCCUAUGUUCCAGGCAUGGUUGGUUCUGCUUCUGUGCUAUCCACCUCCACCCUGUACACCACCAACUACAACGGCAGCAGCACCCACAUUGGUGUUGUGAUUGUUGAGACCCCAAUGCCAUCUGUGAUCACCUCCUAUGUUCCAGGCAUGGUUGGCUCUGCUUCUGUGCUAUCCACCUCCACCCUGUACACCACCAACUACAACGGCAGCAGCACCCACAUUGGUGUUGUGAUUGUUGAAACCCCAAUGCCAUCUGUGAUCACCUCCUAUGUUCCAGGCAUGGUUGGUUCUGCUUCUGUGCUAUCCACCUCCACCCUGUACACCACCAACUACAACGGCAGCAGCACUCACAUUGGUGUUGUGAUUGUUGAAACCCCAAUGCCAAGUGUCAUUACUUCCUAUGUUCCAGGCAUGGUUGGCUCUGCUUCUGUGCUAUCCACCUCCACCCUGUACACCACCAACUACAACGGCAGCAGCACUCAUAUUGGUGUUGUGAUUGUUGAAACCCCAAUGCCAAGUGUCAUUACUUCCUAUGUUCCAGGCAUGGUUGGCUCUGCUUCUGUUCUAUCCACCUCCACCCUGUACACCACCAACUACAACGGCAGCAGCACUCAUAUUGGUGUUGUGAUUGUUGAAACCCCAAUGCCAAGUGUCAUUACUUCCUAUGUUCCAGGCAUGGUUGGCUCUGCUUCUGUUCUAUCCACCUCCACCCUGUACACCACCAACUACAACGGCAGCAGCACUCAUAUUGGUGUUGUGAUUGUUGAGACCCCAAUGCCAAGUGUCAUUACUUCCUAUGUUCCAGGCAUGGUUGGUUCUGCUUCUGUUCUAUCCACCUCCACCUUGUACACCACCAACUACAACGGCAGCAGCACUCAUAUUGGUGUUGUGAUUGUUGAAACCCCAAUGCCAAGUACAUUCACCAGCACUAUGUAUACUACCAAUUCCAUGGGCAGCAGUACUCCAGUUAUUGUCGUGAUUGUUCAAACCCCAAAGCCAAGUCAGAUCACUUCCUAUGUUGCAGCUACGGAUCUUUCAUCCACUGUCACCUUCACCUCCACCUCCUACACUACCAACUCUGACGGCAGCAGCACUCCAGUAGACAUUGUGAUUGUCGAAACCCCAAUGCCAAGCGCUAUCACUUCUUAUGUUGCAGCCACCGGUCUUUCAUCCACUGUCACCUUCACCUCCACCUCCUACACUACCAACUCUGACGGCAGCAGCACUCCAGUAGACAUUGUGAUUGUCGAAACCCCAAUGCCAAGCGCUAUCACGAAAUAUGUUCCAGGCAUGGUUGGUUCAGCUUCUAUCAUGUUUACCUCCACCUCCUACACUACCAACUCUGAAGGCAGCAGCACUCCAGUUGACAUUGUGAUUGUCGAAACCCCAAGGCCAAGUCAGAUCACUUCUUUUGUUGCAGCCACCGGUCUUUCAUCCACUGUCACCUUCACCUCCACCUCCUACACUACCAACUCUGACGGCAGCAGCACUCCAGUAGACAUUGUGAUUGUCGAAACCCCAAUGCCAAGCGCUAUCACUUCUUAUGUUGCAGCCACCGGUCUUUCAUCCACUGUCACCUUCACCUCCACCUCCUACACUACCAACUCUGACGGCAGCAGCACUCCAGUAGACAUUGUGAUUGUCGAAACCCCAAUGCCAAGCGCUAUCACGAAAUAUGUUCCAGGCAUGGUUGGUUCAGCUUCUAUUAUGUUUACCUCCACCUCCUACACUACCAACUCUAACGGCAGCAGCACUCCAGUUGACAUUGUGAUUGUCGAAACCCCAAGGCCAAGUCAGAUCACUUCUUUUGUUGCAGCCACCGGUCUUUCAUCCACUGUCACCUUCACCUCCACCUCCUACACUACCAACUCUGACGGCAGCAGCACUCCAGUUGACAUUGUGAUUGUCGAAACCCCAAUGCCAAGCGCUAUCACUUCUUAUGUUGCAGCCACCGGUCUUUCAUCCACUGUCACCUUCACCUCCACCUCCUACACUACCAACUCUGACGGCAGCAGCACUCCAGUUGACAUUGUGAUUGUCGAAACCCCAAUGCCAAGCGCUAUCACGAAAUAUGUUCCAGGCAUGGUUGGUUCAGCUUCUAUCAUGUUUACCUCCACCUCCUACACUACCAACUCUAAAGGCAGCAGCACUCCAGUUGACAUUGUGAUUGUCGAAACCCCAAGGCCAAGUCAGAUCACUUCUUUUGUUGCAGCCACCGGUCUUUCAUCCACUGUCACCUUCACCUCCACCUCCUACACUACCAACUCUGACGGCAGCAGCACUCCAGUAGACAUUGUGAUUGUCGAAACCCCAAUGCCAAGCGCUAUCACUUCUUAUGUUGCAGCCACCGGUCUUUCAUCCACUGUCACCUUCACCUCCACCUCCUACACUACCAACUCUGACGGCAGCAGCACUCCAGUUGACAUUGUGAUUGUCGAAACCCCAAUGCCAAGCGCUAUCACUUCUUAUGUUGCAGCCACCGGUCUUUCAUCCACUGUCACCUUCACCUCCACCUCCUACACUACCAACUCUGACGGCAGCAGCACUCCAGUAGACAUUGUGAUUGUCGAAACCCCAAUGCCAAGCGCUAUCACUUCUUAUGUUGCAGCCACCGGUCUUUCAUCCACUGUCACCUUCACCUCCACCUCCUACACUACCAACUCUGAUGGCAGCAGCACUCCAGUUGACAUUGUGAUUGUUGAGACUCCAAGGCCAAGUCAGAUCACUUCUUUUGUUGCGGCCACUGGUCGCUCAACCUCUAUCAUCACCACCUCCAUCUUCUACACUACCAAUUCUGACGGCAGCAGCACUCCAAUCGGUGUUGUAAUUGUUGGUACCCCAACAGUCACUAGUACAAGUUUGGGAUAUCACUAUUGGAAUUCUUCAGUAGUUUCCACAAAAUUGUCAAGGUCAUACAGUUCAAUUUCGAAAUAUUCAAAGGAAAGCAUUAGAAGGACAACAAAUGCUGAAGCAUCUAAUGCCAAUAAUUGGAACACUAGGACAAUUGAAUCAUCAUUCUCUUCAGCAGUUUCUGACAGGUCAAGGUCCUCUAACGAGAACACUGCAACUACAGGAAACAUAGAAACUUCUGGUGUUAACAGUUGGAGUACUAUGAAGAGUGAAUCAUCGUCCAGAAGAAACGGGGUUGAAAGUAAAACAGGUUCUUCAACUGAGGCAAUCACAUAUACUCCAAAGGUUACUGCAACUCAAGAGCAACUACACGUAUCUUCUCAAAGUGCAAGUCCAAGCAGUAGAUUAAGUAUAGUAACAUUAUCACGUUAUGAAACUUCAGGUUCAUCUACUUCAAGUAUCAUGAAUAGUCAACAAAUUACUGUUGCACCAGAGCAACUACACGUAUCUUCUCAAACCACAGAGUCGAGUGGCAGAUCGAGUACAGUAACAUUAUCACGUUAUGAAACUUCAGGUUCAUCUACUUCAAGUAUCAUGAAUAGUCAACAAAUUACUGUUGCACCAGAGCAACUACACGUAUCUUCUCAAAGUGCAAGUCCAAGUAGUAGAUUAAGUGCCAAAACCUUGUCACAAUAUAAAGCUUCUGCUCCUACAUUUAGUGUUAACAGUUGGAAUACUAUGAAGAGUGAAUCAUCGUCCAGAAGAAACGGGGUUGAAGAUCAAGCAGGUUCUUCAACUGAGGCAAUCAUGAAUACUCCAAAGGUUACUGCAACUCAAGAGCCAUUACAGGUAUCUUCUCAAAGGGCAAAUCCAAGUGGCAGAUCAAAUACAGUAACAUUAUCACGUUAUGAAACUUCAGGUUCAUCUACUUCAAGUAUCAUGAAUAGUCAACAAAUUACUGUUGCACCAGAGCAACUACACGUAUCUUCUCAAAGUGCAAGUCCAAGUAGCAGAUUAAGUGCCAUAACCUUGUCACAAUACGAAGCUUCUGCUCCUGAUACUGCUGGUACACGGUCAAAUUUUAUCUUAGUGCUUUUCUCCUUAUUUCUAUUCAUGGUUUAG